AUGUGCACACACGGGGAAGAGCACGCCCACCAGAGUGAACCAAAGUUCCAAGGCAUAGAAGCAAGCAUGCGUGGAGCUGCCACAAAAGCUCCAGGAAGCCAGGACGACAAGAAAAGGAUGACUGAAGGACAGAGAAAUAGAAAACUGUGUCAGAGAGGCAGUGAAGUAGGGUCCAUGGAAGGUGUUGGCCAGCCCAGCGGGGCCCACGGUGCAGGUUUUUGCAAGAGCAGACCCUUGAGUUUGUUUAUCAUCGAUAGCUCUCUUAGGUUAUGGCCCCUGGAGUUCAUCAAAGUGAAAACUUUGGUCUCCUGGAUAAUCGAUGCCCUGGAUAUUGGGGCAGCAGACACACGUGGGGCAGUGGUGAACUAUGCUAGCACUGUGAAGAUCGAGUUCCACCUCCAGCCCCACUCAGAUAAACAGUCCCUGAAACAGGCUGUGGCGCGGAUCACACCCUUGUCUGCAGGCACCACGUUGGGCUUGGCCAUCCAGGUAGUGAUGGGUGAAGCCUUCACCGAGGAGGCAGGAGCUCGGGGGCCCACUUUCAGCAUCCCUAAGGUGGCUAUCAUCAUGACAGAUGGGAAGCCCCAGGACCAGAUGAUACAGGUGGCAGCUAGGGCCCGAACAUCUGACUAUGCUAUGAGAGUGGACCGGGCAGACAUGGAGUCCUUCAAGCUGAUUGCCAGUGAGCCCCUAGAUGAGCAUGUUUUAUACGUGGAAACCUGUGGGGUCAUUGAGAAACUUUCCUCUGGAUUCCAGGAAACAUUUUGUGUCCUGGACUCAUGUAUGCUUGGCACACACCAGUGCAAGCACGUGUGUGUCAGUGAUGGGGAAGGCGAGCACCACUGUGAGUGUAGCCAAGGACAUUCCUUGAAUGCUGAUAAGAAGAUGUGUUCAGCUAUCCGUAAGGGCGCUCUUAACACUCAUGGAUGUGAGCACAUGUGCGUGAACAACAGGGCUGGCUCUUAUCACUGUGAGCUCUAUGAAGGUUAUACCUUGAAUGACAACAAGAAAACGUGUUCAGCUUAAGACAAAUGUGCUCUUGGGACACGUGGCUGUCAGCACAUUUGUGUGAAUGACAGAGCUGGGUCCCACCACUGUGAAUGCUAUGAAGGGUACACUCUGAAUGCAGAUAAUAAAACAUGUUCAGUUCGUAACAAAUGUGCCCUGGGCUCUCACAGCUGCCAGCACAUCUGUGUGAGUGAUGGGGCAGCGUCCUACCACUGUGAUUAUUACCCCAGUUAUACCUUACAUGAAGACAAGAAGACAAGUUCAGCCAUUGAAGAAGCAGAAAGACUCAUCUCUACAGAAGAUGUUUGUGGAUGUGAAGCCGCACUGGCAUUCCAAGAUAAGGUCAGCUUAUAUCUGCAGAGACUGACCACCAAACUUGAUUCCAUUUUGGAAAAGUUGCAAGCAAAUGAACAUGGACAAAUACAUCGUUAA